AUGAACUCCAAUUUGCAAUCGAAUCCUACAUCAUCGCAGCUCUUCACCUCCAUUGACAUGGGGACAAACUCUUUCAAGCUUCUUAUAGUCCACGCAGAUCCUCCCGGAAGAUCUUUCGUCCCCGUCGAGAGACUCAAAGAGCCAGUUGUAUUGUCUCGCGAAUCCGCAAUCUCAAUUUCGUCUCAGUCCCAGGUUCGCGCGCUCCAGUCUCUACAGAAAUUCAAAAGCUUGAUCCUCUCGCACAACGUCUCCUGCGACCGGAUCCGGUGCGUCGCCACGGAAGCCCUGCGGCAGGCGGAGAAUCAGAAACAGUUCGUGGAGACGGUGUACGAGGAUCUCGGCCUCCGGGUCGAUGUGCUCUCUGGUGAAGAGGAAGCGAGGCUGGUUUAUCUAGGCGUGCUUCAGUUUCUACCGGUGUUUGAGAAAUCUGUCCUGUGUAUCGACAUAGGAGGUGGUUCUACUGAAUUCGUGGUGGGUAAGCGUGGUGAUGUGAAGCUUGCUGUGUCUUUGAAGCUAGGUCAUGUGAAUUUGACACAAAUGUUCAUGAAAAAUGGUGUUGAAUUGACGAAAAUGAGAGACUUUAUCCGUCACGCGAUUGAUGAGUCUCGGUUAGCAGAUAAAUUGAAGGAAUCCGAUGGCUUUGAGGUGGUCGUGGGAUCGUCGGGAACCAUACGAGCUAUUGAGAAUGCUCUUUUCAGUGGCUAUGGAACGGACUUGUAUCAAUUCAAUCUGGAGGGGUAUAAGAGGGAUUGGAGAUUUGGUAGAAGAGAAUUGAGCGGUGUUGUAGAGAAGCUAUGCAAUGAAGGAGAUGAAGAGCAGAUCCGGAGAGAAGGAUUUUUCAAGAGAAGGUCAGAGUUCAUUGUUGCUGGAGCUGUAUUGUUGGAGGAAAUAUUCAAGGCUCUGGGUAUCGAGGAAAUGGAGGUCUCAGAGUAUGCAUUAGCAGAAGGUGUGAUUGCUGAUUCUCUGGCCAAAGCUUUUGAGGGUUCGUAUGAUUUGAAUGCCAAUGCAAGGUGGCGAUCAGUCAUGAGGCUCGCCACGAGACUCAAUGGGAAAAAGCGAAUGAAUCAUGCGGUACAUUGUGCCAACAUCGCCAAGGUACACUCUAACCGCAACAUUGUGAAAUAUUGA